AGUUCACUAGUACCUUUUAUUGAACAUUUCAAUUGAAUUAUUUCGUUCACCUACGACCAAUUAUUUAAUUUUAUUUUUUAUCAAAUAAAUUCGGUAAAAAUAUUACUGGAUACUAAUUACAUGAUGAAUUUCGGUCCUCCCCCGCCACGUGAUGCAAACACAAAACCACAAUUUUUUGAGAAUCCUGACUUGGAUUCGUUGUCUAAACAUUUUAUAGGCAACAUGCAAAGAUACCGGGAACAUGUUGUUAUACCAAAAAGUAAUGGUCCCGUUCAAAUAAAAACCAAUGAAGAACAAAUGAUUGAAAGAGCUGUGGAAAGUUGUACCUUCAAAUCUAUAACGUCUUGUGUAAUGGGUUAUGGUCUGGGAGCUGCAAUAGGUCUAUUUACGGCUUCGGUUAAUCCAAAUAUGAUGGAUCCCAUGGCCAAUGAACGCAAACAAACCGCUCGCGAAAUAUUCCGGGAAAUGCGUGCAACCACACACUCAUAUGCCAAAAAUUUUGCAUUAAUUGGUUGUGUCUUCUCGGCCGUAGAGUGUGCCAUUGAAAGUCAACGAGGUGUUACAGAUUGGCGUAAUGGAACUUAUGCUGGUGCUGUUACAGGAGGUUUGAUUGGUCUUAGAGCCGGUGUAAAGGCUGGUAUAAUUGGAGCUGCUGGUUUUGCGGCAUUCUCAACGGUCAUCGAUUACUAUAUGCGCAGUAGAUAAAAAUCGUAUUUAUUAGGUAUUUAGUAUAUGAUAUUGUCUAA